AUGGCGGACGCAGCAUCGAGCAAAAGACUGGAUAUCGUAUCCAAAGUUUGGCCGAUUGGGCUGCAGAAAGCUCGAUGUGAGUCGUCUAAAAAGUCUGGUGUGGAGCUGGUCAAGCGAGCAGACACAGAGGAACUCCGGACUGUUUUUGAGAAGUAUGCCUCGCAACAAGUGGGAUCGGAAAAGUUUAUGACCUACGGUGACCUCAUUCUGAGAUAUCUGCAGCUACUGGACACAGAGAAAUAUGACCCGUAUACAUUUAAUGUGUUGGCGUCCUGUGUCGAUACGUCCAGGGAUGGACUCAUCUCUUUCUCCGAGUUCCAAGGAUUCGAAGCUCUCCUUUGUGCGCCAGACGCCACGUAUGCUCUUGCCUUUCAGAUUUUCGACAGAAACGGAAACGGCUUCAUUACUUGUGAUGAAUUUGAAGACAUUCUUAAACAUACGACCCUCAACACCAUAAUCCCUUUCAAUUUUGAAACUGACUUCAUCCGUCUGCACUUUGGCAAGGACAAGUCACGGAAGGUCACCUAUGCAGAAUUUACACAGCUCAUUCAUGACUUUCACGAUGAACAUGCCUGGCAGGCCUUCCGGAGAAGGGACAAAAACAACAACGGCUACAUCUCUGCCAAGGAUUUCGAGGAGAUUCUUCUGAGUCUCAAGGGCUACUUGUUGACUCCAUUUGUUAAAGAGAACAUCAUCACUGUGGUCAUGGGUGAAGGUCACCAGCGACAGAUCAGCUAUGCCUAUUUCACAGCCUUCAUCUCUCUCCUCAACAACAUCGAGCUGGUCAAGAGGAUCUACCUGGGUGCCACUCGUCGGGACACCACUAAACCUCUACCCAAAGAGGAGUUCUUGUACCAGGCCCAGGAGUUCUCACAGAUCACACCACUGGAGGUGGACAUCCUCUACCAGCUGGUGUUCUUACAGAACCAACAAAGUUUGAUGACCUAUGCAGAUCUGGAUGUCCUGUCGCCCCUGGAAGGCCGGGAGACCCCGUUUAAAAUUCAGAUGCAAAUUGCAGAGCAAAAGCUGCGGUUGGAGCAGGGCCACACGGAGCGGACACUAAUGAUGCAGGUCGCUGAGAGUGCCUACAGGUUUACUUUGGGAGCUUUGGCUGGAGCCACGGGAGCCACGGCCGUCUACCCUAUUGACCUGGUCAAGACCAGGAUGCAGAACCAAAGGUCAACAGCUUUUGUUGGGGAGUUGAUGUACAAGAACAGCAUCGACUGUGCCAAGAAGGUUAUCAGGCAUGAAGGAUUCUUUGGGCUGUACCGGGGCCUGGCCCCACAGUUGGUGGGUGUGGCCCCCGAGAAGGCCAUCAAACUGACCAUGAAUGAUCUCAUGAGAGAUAAACUGAUGCAGAAGGAUGGCACUUUGCCAUUGUGGGCUGAGAUGGUGGCUGGAGGAACGGCUGGAGCCUCUCAGGUGGUGUUCACCAACCCGCUGGAGAUUGUGAAGAUCCGUCUGCAGGUGGCCGGUGAGAUUGGGGGCACAGCCAGAGUUAGUGCCAUCUCUGUCAUCAGGGAUUUAGGAUUUUUUGGUUUGUACAAGGGAUCCAAGGCCUGUUUCCUCCGAGAUAUUCCCUUCAGUGCCAUCUACUUCCCAGCGUACGCCCACGCUAAGAAGUUACUGGCCGAUGAGAAUGGUUACAACUCGCCUGGCACACUUCUGCUUGCGGCAACCCUAGCUGGCAUGCCAGCAGCUUUCAUCCCGACACCUGCUGAUGUGAUCAAGACACGGCUGCAGGUGGCCGCUCGUAAAGGUCAAACCACAUACACAGGGGUUAUUGACUGCGCCAGGAAGAUUAUGCAUGAAGAAGGAUUUGGGGCGUUUUGGAAGGGAGGUCCAGCUCGUGUGUUUAGAUCCUCACCACAAUUUGGCGUGACUCUGCUCACCUACGAGUUGUUACAGCGUAUGCUCUAUGUUGACUUUGGUGGCAGCCGACCAGAAGGUUCAGAAGCCAAGUCUGUCAAGUUGGGAGAAAUUCUGUCCAGAAAUCCGGAUCAUAUAGGUGGUUACCGCAUGGCUCUAGCAACCUUUGACGGCAUUGAAUCCAAGUUUGGCCUUAUGCUACCCAAGUUCAGGGCCUCAGCGCCAGCGCAGUAG